CCUGGUACCUAACAACAAUGGCAGUGUGGUUAUUGGCAAACCAAUGUGACUUUGUUAAGUAGAUUCACUGCUUAAUUUAGCUUUUCCCAAACUCUCAAAGGAAACCCUGUGCUCUGAACAAUGAAGAUCUUAGACCCUGGCUAACUCAUAGAUGCACAAACUCUUCAUGAGUCCCUCCUCGUUCUGAAGCAGAUGCUCAAGUUCUUUAAGGGGAUCUUCACUCUUCACACCCGGUACCUGCGUGAGACCAGAGAAAGCUCCCACCCAUCUUGUGCCUGAGCAGUGAGCCAUGCUGGGCCGGAAAACAGGACUCCCCCACGAGCUGAACAGCCACCGCCAGCUGAACCAGUCCUACCAGGAGGCUGUGCCCCUGCGGACCAGGGCAUCCAAGGAGACAGAUGUCAGUUUGGAGGUGUUCAGUGGCUCUACACCUGAAAUCAAACAGGGCCGCAGCAGAGCCCAGCAGAUGCGGGAUAGGAAAGGUCGCAAAGCUGAUCUCAAAGACUCCAAUGGGAGAGAGGCAGAAACAAUUACCUUUAUUUCUGGUACAGCAGAGGCUCCCCCAAACCAGAGCUUUUGCUGUUCCUCUCUGUCUCAGGCCUGGAACACAUACAAGGCUGUUUUCUGUUGUAUAGUGACCUGUGGGGGGUGCUUUCAGGACUGCAGUGUCUGUGUCCCCUAUCCAGGGCCCACUGAGACCUCCACUGAUGAUGGAAAGAAUGGAGAUUAUAAUGGGCGACUGCCAAACAGCCCUGCCAAUGUCUCUCCCACUGAGAAAAAUGGGAACCAGAUCAAAAAGUCCAGCAUGGGCAGCAGUUUCAGUUACCCAGAUGUGAAACUGAAGGGCAUUCCUGUCUAUCAAAACAGGAGCCCCAGCCACCACCUGGAAUCCGAUUCAUGCUGCAAAGAGCUGCUGCCAGAGAAGCCCUUCAGAAACAGCAUAGAAAAGCCACCACUCCCCAGCAGCCACCGGAGUUCAGAGGAGUAUUAUUCCUUCCAUGAGUCUGACCUGGACAUCAGUGAGCUGAAUGGCUCCAUGUCCAGCAGGGAGAUUGAUGUCCUGAUCUUCAAGAAGCUAACAGAGCUCUUCAGCGUCCACCAGAUCGAUGAGCUGGCCAAGUGCACAUCAGACACUGUCUUCCUGGAGAAGACUAACAAGAUCUCGGACCUCAUCAAUAGCAUAACUCAGGACUACAACCUGGAUGAGCAGGAUGCUGAAUGCAGGCUGGUCCGAGGCAUCAUUCGCAUCAGCACCCGGAAAAGCAGAGUCCGGCCCCAUAUCUCUGUCCCAGCCAGCCAGAGCCAUGAGGAGAAGUCCAGCAGAGGCAAUGCACCAGACAGCGGGAAUGAAACCAUGCUAGAGUCCAUGGUCACCAGCCAGGAUGACCUGGACGUGCAGAUAUCAGAAGAAACAUCGGCAGAUGUGAUAGCCAGGAAUAUGAGGCGACACAGCAGUGCAGGCUCUCCAACAAGCAGAGAUUCCUCUUUCCAAGACACAGAGACUGACUCAUCCGGGGCACCUCUGCUUCAGGUGUAUUGUUAAGGAAAAGGACCUGAGCAGCAGGCAGGCAUUCCGAGGCUCUGCUGCUGUCAGUUUUCUCCUCUUUCAAUAUGGAGUGUGCUAUGCCACUUACUUUUUUCCCCCAGUCCACCCUGAUCCUUUGUUGAAGCCAAAUUUCUCCUGCGCUCUAGAUUUCACUGGAUUUUAAUGUUUUCAUGGACAAUAUCAAGGAAGUGAACUGUGGAGCUAAUGAACCUGGGAGGUGAAAUGUGUGCCCAGGGAAGAGAUGAUGGACAAGGAAGUAUCAAAUAACUUGUGCCUUUGUGAUUUCCAUACUACAUGUUUAGGUUCAACAACCUCUGUGACCCAGCCCUUUUCCUCUGCUUUUGAGGAUCUGUUGCACAGUUCUUGCUUUCUGGCAUUGCAGAACUCAGUUCGGGUAGGGAAGAACUGAAUGGUGUCUCUGUGUUUGUGCUGAUCCUGAGUUGAGGACCAAGCACUUCCUCUCCAGGGACCCAAAUCUCUUUUUAAAGUAGCUGGGUGGGUCCCAAAACCAUUUAAGUCCUUUAUCCAUGGUGCUUGCAGAAGCCAGAUCUGCCUUUUUCUCCACUGACCCUUAGUGGUGUCAUCUUCUGCUGCACUGUAUGAGAAGGUUCAGGUAACGUGGUUCAUUUAAUCUUUGGCCUCUUGGCAUGUCUCCUGAGAUAGUGCUAGUCACAUAGGGGUGGGAUGCCUGCACAGGCAUCUCCUUUCCCAAGGAGAGCACGGGGAUCAGCUGUGCAGUCACUGCCAGGUGUGGGUUGACCUGUCAGCUCUUCCUCACUCAUCUGCCCAGCCCCUUGCCUGGCAUCACCCCGGCUGCUGGGCCAGCCUUGCACUUGGGAUAUGGCAGCAGAGGGAAAGCUGGUUCAUUCUGAAUGGGUUUUGUAAGUAAGAACUGGGCUGUUUGCCUACUCUUGAUUUGAGAGGAAAGCAUCCCCUCGGGGUCCCCAGGGGUCCUGAGGAACUGCCCUUCUGUGCCUUCUCCUUCCCUUUGCUCCGCUCCAGCUGGUCAGAAGCAGGAAUUGGGGCAUUGCCACCCCGAGGGCACAGUGCCAGCUGGCCUUAAGGGCUGCAGCAUUGCAGCAGGAGGAAGCUCUAUCUUGCUGCUGUUACCACUUGGAUGUUUAUCAGAAAGCAAACAAGGUGAAGCCAUGGGACUUGUUUAUGCGUUCAGGUGCCCUUGGAUGUGAGCACUUCAGUUGCAUUUACCAGCCAUGGCAUAAAUGCACUCACUGGUUUCUGGGGGAGAGGGAAACCAAAAUAGCCCCCGUGCUUUGGUGGGGACCAUGGUUUUGUGCCUGAAUUGAACUGAACUGUGCCUUUAUUUCCUAGCCUGUGAUUACUUUUCAAAUGGUUGGCUAGGGAGGGAAAGGAUUUAAUUCCUCACAUGAGCAGCCAGGCUUAUUUAACCAGCCAAAGCCCUUUGAAAUGGUUCAAGUGCCUGUCGGAGCCUGGUUUUGUGACCUGCUCGUUCCUGAGCAUGCCUUCGUAAAUCAUGGACAUGACCAAGCCCACACCUGGGGAUGCUGACGGAGAGAGCUUUUGAAAAUAAAGGGGAGAGACUGAGACUUGGAUUUGCCUUCCCCUCCCUGUGAAGAACCCCACUGAUGCAAGAAAGAGACUUGAAGCCAGGCCAGGACUCCCAGAGGAGCUGUGAUUGGUCACCUCCUCCUUCCAAAUGCUACUGAUGGACCCCUUUGGCUUCCUGCUUCUGAAUGGAUUGGUACGUCUGUAUUUUGGACCAGUUUACUUCAACCUGUGUGCUGAGGCAUCAGCAUGGGUCACGCUGACAUGCAGCUCUGUGGUCUGCACUGAGCUUUGGAGGUGAGGGCUGAGGAUGGACUUGCAAAGAGCUGCCAAUCGCCAUUACAGAUGCAAUAGCAUGGUUUUAAUGUUUAGUCUUUGUAUGAAGAGUGAAUGUGGAUGGAUUAAGCUUGCAAAAAAAAACCCCAAACUCCCAAAAAACCUCACUAAGAGGAAGACUCAACUGAAUGGUCCCUGAAGCUGGUGCCCCUGUGGUGUCUUAUGGGAUUCUUUUGCACUCCUUGGCCUUAAAUGUCUGAUUUGGUCGUUUUUAUAAAGCAGAAUGAUGUGCUCUUUA